AUGGCAACGACCAACGCACAGUCGGUCACGUUUACCAAAUAUCACAAUGAUUUCGACCGCAUCACAGGACCUGAAGCUGCUGGCCAGCUCCUCUGCGAGAGUGGCGAUGGCGAGCAGCUCUUUCACGAAGCAUGCAUAUACCACCAAGCCACGAGGAGUGUAAUCGUCACGUCAAAUCAACUGCCCAACAACACCGCCGGCUACGAAGCCACAUCUCAUAAGCAUAUCAAGCUGUAUCGAAUAUUCGAUGAUAAUGAUGAUGAGGCAGAGCCUGGAAGGUCCCGCUACCAAGAGCUUCUGUUCCCUGGUGUACACUAUGCUAUGUCUAACGGCGGCGUGAACUACAAACAAGACUCGAUUCUGCUCUGCGCUCAAGGCUCACAGAGUGCUGACGAUGUCAACGGUAUCGUGGCUGUGUCACUGCCCACGCCGCCCUCUGCCGAAGCUCCUGCUCCUGAGGUGAUCGUUUCGGACUUCCACGGCAUCCCUUUUAACUCCGUGAACGACGUUAUUGUCCACCCACACGACCAGUCCAUCUGGUUCACCGACCCCUGCUACGGCCACGGUCAAGGCAUACGCCCGAAGCCAAGUCUGCCGAACCAGGUCUACCGCUUUUGCACCAAGACCAAAACAAUACGCGCCAUAGCAGAUGGCUUCACAAGACCAAACGGCUUGUGCUUCUCACCUGAUCUCAAAGUCCUCUACGUCACGGACACAGGUGCAAUUCACGGUUCCAAGGAUGUCCCUUUCGACCACGCAGGCCCGUCUCACAUCUAUGCCUUUGACAUCGUUCCGGCAGGCCCCGGCUCCGGCGAGCCAAUGCUUGCGAACAAGCGGCUCUUCGCAUUCGCACCUGGACGCGUACCAGACGGUAUCAAGUGUGACACCAUGGGCAAUGUGUACUCCGGCUGCCUUGACGGCGUAGAAGUAUGGAACCCGGAGGGCGUGCCACUUGGAGUGAUCGCAAUUGAGGGCGGAGUUGCAAAUUUCUGCUUCGGGGAGCAAGGCGUGCUGUAUGCUUGCAACGAGACCAGGUUCUGGAAGGUGCAACUCAACAAGGACAAAGUUAGAGGUGCGCUGUUAGGACUGUGA